AUGGCCACGCGGCCGUCGCUGCGGUCGAGCGACGGCGCGCGCCCAAGAAGCAAGAGCGGGACCGGGUCCGGGACCGGCAGGCCCCCGUCGCGCCCGUCCUCCGCGGCGGCGGCGGCCGACAAGCCGAUGCCGUCCUUCCUCCGUCCCACCGUGAGCUCGUCGAUGCACAGCUCCUCGUCGACUUCCUCGCUGGCGUCGCCCUCCCACUCCUCCUCCACCUCCGCAGCCGCCGGCGGCUCCAAGGGCACCGCCGCCACGGCGAGGCGGCCGAUCACGCCCAAGAAGGACAAGGCCCCGGCGCAGCCUGUGGGCGCGCAGCGGCCGAUCACUACCAAGGAUAAGGCCAAGGCCAAAGCGCCGGCGCCGGCGUCGACCUCCACGUCGCGAUGGGGCGCGGUGUCGCCGAGGCAGCUGAUGCAGAGGGCGUCCAACGCGUUCAAGGCCAGCAGCAGGUCCCGCAGCAAGAAGAGCAAGGAGGCGGCGGCGGCGGCCUCGGCGUCCGGCAGCAAGGGCGGCGCUGGUGCUUCCGCCGCGAGGGCCAAAGGCCAGACGGCGAGAGCACAGCCCGUCGAGGAGCAGCACCAGCAGCCGGAGACGCCCGCCGAGCCGUCGCCUGUCGUGACUCCCGUGGAAGCAGAAGCAGAGGAGCCUGUCCUGUUGGAGUCCGAAGCUGCUGACCAGAAUGAGCAGGACGUCGCGACGGCGCAGGAGGCUGUCGGUACUGACAUCACGACGGUGGCGGUGAGGUAUCAAGAGGAGCAGGUCGCCGCAGGACAGCCGAUGGGAAAAGCGGAGGAGGAGGACGUCGUUGUGGAGGAGAAGAUCAUACAGGUGGAGGCUGAGCAGGUGAAGGCGGAGAAGCCGGAGCUGCAAGAAGACACGCCGCAGAGCAGCGAGGCUGUGCAAACAAAAACGGAGGCCCAGAAGCACACGGACGAUGGCUCGCCUGCCGUCGUUGUAGAAGAAGCCGCGGCGAAGGAGGCGCCAACGCCUGAGGGAGAAGACGAGCUGGCAAUGGCAACCAGGACGGUGGAAGGGAAGGUCGUCGAGGAGAGCCAGCAAGCUGAGGUGACUGAGAACUUUGAGACGAACGCGAUCUCUGAGGAACCAAAACAAGAAACCGGCGUGAUCUCUGAAGAACCCAAGGAGGAAUCGAGCGUGAUCUCUGAAGAACCAAAGGAAGCAGCUGAUCCCGCGCCUUUGCAGAAGCACGAGGAAGAGGUGGCCCACGAGCCAACAGCGGCUGCCGGAUCGAGCGCGUCAGCUCCGACGACGCCACUGAGAGAAGCGGCCAACGACGACGACGACGACGACGAUGUGGAGGCAGUGCCUAAACAAGUGAGCGCUUCGGAGCCCGUGACGCCGGUGGCAGAAGCCAUCAGCAAGGGGAAGGAGGUGAUGGAGACUCAGCAGCAGAGCACGUCAGCGCCGACGACGCCGGCGGGCGCGGCGAAGAAGAGCGUGCCAUCGAAGCAGGCGUCGAUCCCCGAGGGGACGACGGCGUCGUCGGCGCUGGCGUUCAAGGGGCGCAAGGUGAAGACGGCCAUGGAGAAGCGGUCGGAGGAGGAGCAGCCCAAGAAGAAGGAGGUGGCGCGGAGCAACGACGUGAUCGAGGAGGCCAAGAGCAAGCUGAUGGAGAAGCGGAAGAGCAAGGUGAAGGCGCUGGUGGGGGCGUUCGAGACCGUCAUGGACAGCCCCCGGGCAAGCUGA